UUUAUUAAUUUAUUUAAUUAUAGAAAAUGUCUUUGGAGCCAUCGAUAUAUUUUGGUAUCGAACCACCCGCCCACCACUUUUGUUGUUGUUUUCGUUUGAGGGCUCGUCCGGGGCAGCUGAAAGUGAUCUUCGCGAAAUAAAGCGGGAAUUAUAGUUUUAAUUAAUUCAAAUAUAUAAUAAUGGUGCUACCACUAUUGCAGCGCUCCACUCUCCGUGGCGUCCAACAGUUGACCAAGCCAUGGGCCGCCUCCGCAACCGCCGGUAGCCUCCGAUUGGCCUCCCAGGACUUCCGCGUGGAAAGCGACACUUUCGGGGAGCUGAAGGUGCCAGCGGACAAGUACUAUGGCGCCCAGACGAUGCGCUCCCAGAUCAACUUCCCCAUCGGUGGACCCACCGAAAGGAUGCCGAAACCCGUGGUCCAGGCCAUGGGCAUCCUCAAGAAGGCCGCCGCCGAGGUCAACAAGGAGUUCGGUCUGGACACCAAAGUCAGCGAAGCCAUCUCCAAGGCCGCCGAUGAUGUGAUCUCUGGCAAGCUCUACGAUGACCACUUCCCUCUGGUCAUCUGGCAGACCGGCUCCGGCACCCAGAGCAACAUGAACGUCAACGAGGUUAUCAGCAAUCGUGCCAUCGAGCUGAUGGGCGGAAAGCUGGGCUCCAAGACCCCAGUGCAUCCCAAUGACCAUGUCAACAAGUCGCAGAGCUCCAACGACACCUUCCCCACGGCCAUCCACAUCUCGGUGGCCCUGGAGCUGAACAACAACCUGAAGCCGGCCAUCAAGAUCCUGCACGACGCCCUGCGCGCCAAGUCCGAUGAGUUCAAGGACAUCAUCAAGAUCGGUCGCACCCACACCAUGGACGCCGUGCCUUUGACUCUCGGCCAGGAGUUCAGCGGCUAUGCCCAGCAGUUGGCCUACGCCCUGGAGCGGAUCGACGCCUGCCUGCCCCGCGUCUAUGAGCUGGCUCUCGGUGGCACUGCCGUCGGCACUGGCCUGAACACUCGCAAGGGAUUCGCCGAGAAGUGCGCCGCCAAGAUCGCUGAUCUGACCGGCCUGCCCUUCGUCACUGCCCCCAACAAGUUCGAGGCUCUGGCCGCCCGUGACGCCAUGGUGGAGGUCCAUGGUGUCCUUAACACCAUCGCCGUCAGCCUGAUGAAGAUCGCCAACGAUAUUCGCUUCCUGGGCUCCGGACCACGUUGCGGCUUGGGCGAGUUGUCGCUGCCGGAGAACGAGCCCGGCAGCUCCAUCAUGCCCGGCAAGGUGAAUCCGACGCAGUGCGAGUCCCUCACCAUGCUCUCCGCCCAGGUGAUGGGCAACCAGGUGGCUGUGACCGUUGGUGGAGCCAAUGGCCACUUCGAGCUGAACGUGUUCAAGCCCCUGAUUGUUUCCAAUGUCCUGCGUUCCAUUCGAUUGCUAUCUGAUGGCAGCCGCACCUUCACCGCCAACUGCGUCAACGGCAUCCAGGCCAACCGUGAGAACAUUGCCAAGAUCAUGAACGAGUCCCUGAUGCUGGUCACCGCUCUGAAUCCCCACAUCGGCUAUGAUAAGGCCGCCAAGAUCGCCAAGACGGCCCACAAGAAUGGCACCACACUCAAGGAGGAGGCCAUCAAUCUGGGCUACCUCACCGAGCAGCAGUUCAACGAGUGGGUGCGCCCGGAACAGAUGCUGGGACCCAAGUAAACGACACCUCUCCUGUCAACUGCCAGCCGAUCCUCCCUGCAAAUAAAUACGUUAGAUACAGAA